UUUAUCCCUGGGAGGACACGCGCCUGGCAUCCGCCGCCACGCCGUCCUCGGGCUCCGGCGCCUGCGCUCUAACCGGCGUUCUGAGCUGAGCCUGGUUAACCUUCGGGGGUCAAGCCACUUGACUGUACGUGUAAUCGACCAUUUCAGCUCUGCCACUCUUUCAUCGUGACUGAAACCUUCAACUCGAUCGCUUUGCUGUCCCAUACUCCUUCUAGCUCGCCAUUCUUGACCGCUCGCAUCACGACGCACGACUCUUUGACGCCGACUUGCACCUCGCAGCUCGCUACCCUCGCUCCCUCGCUUCCCCUGCUCCCCCGCCCCGGGAAGCGCUUAACCCACGCCUUCUCCUCACAUCUAAACUGUCCUCUUACCUUCACUCGACUCGCCUGAUCCCAACCCGGCCGUUACUACCUCCCCCCUCCUCCCCUCCCUCCCUCUCCGCGUCAUGGGCCUGCCACUCCCGCGGCUCCCGCUGCCGCGUCGGGUGCUCAUGAUAGGCGGCGUGAUAGCGGCAAUCUUCCUCCUACUCCACACCUUCGCCCCAGCAGCAUUACCGCCAGUGCUCGCGCCGAGCUACAUGCACCGUGACCCCGACGCGCCGUUGUGGUCGUCGUCCAAGUGGAUCCCUCCACUUAUCAACGGUGGCCUUCCCGACCUGCCAGCCGAGUACGAAGCUGAUGGGACGUGCCGCUUCCUCUCGGUCGUCGAGGCGCUGUCUCCUCAAGAGCGCGCGUAUGCCGAGGGCAUGCAGCUUACCGAAGUCUCACCCGGCGUUGUGUCUGUCACCAACGCCACCGCAGAGGGUGCGCACCCCAUUCUCGGUCUGCUCGCGGCCGGUGAACGGCGGUGGGGUGACCUCAUGAACCGCCAGAGCAAGACGCUCGAGCAGGCGUACAACGCGUACCUCGCCAAGUGGGGCCGUCCACCUCCCAAGGGUUUUGACGACUGGUGGAGCUUCGCCGCAACUCGUGAAGUGCUUUUGAUCGACGAAUAUGACCAAAUCAUGGAGUCGCUCAUGCCGUACUACGGCCUUUCGAUCAAGGAGUUACAAGCACGCAACGCCGAGAUGGAGAAGGUCGUGGAGACAUUCACUCUUAUCGUCACCAAUGGCAAGGUCGAGGUGCAGUGGAACGACAACUAUGCACGCGACAGGUGGUUCUCGGCGCGGCCUCGCGCGGACGCCCAGGUCAACCUAAUGGAGAAGUUCCUUCACCUACUGCCCAACCUCCGUGCCACCUUCUCUAUACACUCCCAACCGACAGUGAUGCUCAAUCACGACGUGCUCGAAAAACUGGAGAAGGCCGGGCGUGAACAUAAGGCUGUCGACAACCCCGGUGAUACCGACACCAAAAAGUUUGACUGGCCCAUGGCAUGCUCCAACGACUCACCUUUGAAGAAGAAGGAGAAGGAGGAGCUCGCUACAGACACGUUCAUUUCACAUCACGCCAAGGCCAUGAACCCUUGCUAUCACCCAUCGCUGCUGGAGAGCCACGGCAUGUUCCUCGAGGAGCACAUCGAGACCUCCAGCCCUAGACCACACACCAAGCUACUGCCCAUCUUCUCGCUCUCGAGAACCCCAGUCAACCAAGACAUCCUUAUUACUCCAGUUGGCAGGGAUGGACAAUUCGAGACCGCAGGUAUCGAGCCCAAGUGGAGAGAGAAGAGCGGCAAGAUGUACUGGCGCGGCCUCGCCACCGGCAUGUUCCAUGACAAGAAGGCCGGGAGCAAGUGGCGCCAAAACCACCGCGAGCGCCUGCACUUCCUCGCCAACGACCGGACAGGCGGCGAGGUAGAUGUCAUGGUCCCUGUCGGAAGCACGGGCACGGCAAAGUACGAGCGUCACUCGCUCAAGGCACUCGGCGACUACUACACCAACGCCAAGUUGGCGCACGGCCCCUGGCAGUGCGACGAAGGAGACGGGACUUGCGCCGAGAUGCAGAGCGAGAUCGAGUUUGUGCCGAAGGAUCCCAAGGAGGAGAGCAACAAGUACAAGUAUCUUCUGGACACGGACGGCAACGCAUGGAGCAACCGCUUCCCGCGCCUGAUGCAGGGGCUCAACGUCAAGCUCAAGGCGACCGUGUUCCCAGAAUGGAACUCGCUUAUCCUCCCGGAGUGGUUUACAUAUGUCCCAGUCAAGAUGGACUACUCGGACGUGUACUCGAUCCUUGCCUUCUUCCGCGGCUCUCCAACGGGGCGAGGAUCGCACGACGAGGUCGCGCGUCGCAUCGCGAGGAACGGCCAGUGCUGGGUCGAGAGGACAUGGAGGAGUGAGGACUUGGAGGUGUACAUGUUCCGGCUGUAUCUUGAGUGGGCACGUGUUGUCUCGGACGACCGUGACAACGGCAAGAUGGUGAGCCUGGUGCCCAGACCAGUUCGGUGUGGCUGA